CUGUCGCCUCUGAACUAAACGUAAAGCACCGAGCUGUGAGGAUUUUAUGAAUGAAACGCACACCUGGCCGACUUCACGCUGACCUGCAGGUAAACCCGCGGGAACCUGCUGCAGGAUUCAUCUUAAACUUAGUAAGUUCAGCUGAUCUGAGAUCUGUGGCUGUUCACAGCAGCUCACACACAGAGAGCCUGCUCCACACAGUCACUCGUCAGAUAUCACAUGUAUUCAAUGAUAUUCCCAUGACCCGCAGUCAGUCAUGUGACUGUGUGGGUCAGUGGGGUCAUGUGACGCAGAGGCUAAAAUUAUCCAGCAGCAGAUCUGAGGUCAGAUUUCAGCUGAAGAGGCUCGACAUGACGGCCGGUCGCUAUGCUCCCACAAGGAUGAUCGGAAGGAGGACGAGGCUGCAGCUCAGAGGUCAGAGGUCCUCUCACCUGUCCACCUGUGCGCUGUGACGUCAUCAUGGUGGGUGUGGUUGCGUGCAGCUCAGUCAGCUCCAUCAAAGCUCUGUGGGAGACCAGGAUCAGGAGGAGGAAGGAGGAGCAGGAGGACGAGCAGAGGAGGACGACCAGGGGCGGGGCUACUGGCAGACUGAGUGUUGGUGUUUGGGAGGACCGGGCGGCUCUAGCUCGACUCAGACAGAAGCUGCACACAGAAGACGGACGACUGAUCCUCCGAAUCGAACAGGAGGAGUGGAAGUCUUUGCCAGGCUGUCUGGUCCAGCUCAGUCAGGUCCAGGAGUGGCAGAUCCACCGGACUGGGCUGCAGAAGAUCCCUCACUUCAUCUCGAGCUUCCAAAACCUUCUGGUUCUCGAUCUUUCCCGGAAUGGGAUCACAGAGAUCCCCAAACAGAUCGGGAAGCUGACCAGACUCAGAGAGCUGCUGCUGAGCUACAACAGAGUCCAGUCUGUUCCUCAAGAGCUUGGCUGCUGUGAGAGUCUGGAGAGGCUAGAGCUGGCCAUGAACCGGGACCUGGACCACCUACCAGAUGAGUUCAGGAACCUGAAGAAGCUGCACCACCUGGACCUGUCCAUGAAUGACUUCACCUGCCUGCCAGACUGCGUUGUUGGACUGCCGGCGCUCGAGUGGCUCGACAUGGGAGGAAACCGACUGCAGUGCUUACCUGAAGACAUACACAGGAUGGUGAAGCUGCACACUCUGUGGCUGCAGAGGAACGAGCUCGAGAAACUCCCAGAAAACAUCAGCAGGAUGGCGAGUCUGGACACUCUGGUCCUCAGCCGCAACAGACUUAGAGACAUCCCCUCUCUGAUGGAGGACAUGUCCAACCUCAGGUUUGUGAAUUUUCGGGACAACCCUCUGACUCUGGACGUGACGCUGCCAUGCAGGAAGACGAAGGCCGAGGACGACGAUGAAGAUGACAGAGAGAUGUUCGGACGAGAGUUCAUGCAGAUGUACAUCCAGGAGGCCAGGAAGAGAGCGUACGCUGUGCUCAACAUGCACAGCGUCAACCAGCCGAGCGAUGACUCGUCAGACUGAAACAAUCCGUCGCUCUGCGUCUCUUUGUCUCUGCUGCUGCUGCAACAUCUGGACUUUUGUUUCUGCUUCUGUGGGAGGAGACGCCUGAAGACGAGCUCUGACACGUGCUAACGUCGG